UGAGUGGCGGUGGGUGGCAGCCGAUUUGGGCUUCCUCCCCGGGGGCUACCUGUGCGAGGAGCGUGGCGCCCCGGCCCGUCCCUGCGCUCCUCGCACAGGUAUCCUCCAGGGAGGGAGCCCAGGAAGGACUGAGGAGGGGAAAUGUAUCCCUAAAGUGGUGGGUUUGCAUCUUUAGGAACGAGAAGCUGGAGGAUGAGAGCCUGAACCAGCAAGCAGAACCCUCACCGAGCUGAUUGACUUGAUGGAUGGAGGAGUGCUGGUGGGAUAACCAUGCUUGUGGCACUUAAACCACCCCCCACGUCGUGCUGCGACUGGAAAUGAACUUACCUUGGCAGGAAGCGCUUGGCCAGGCUGGCACAGAGACUGCUUAACCCCCUCCUGCAAGAUUUCCUCAGAAGUAAAGAAGCACAAACGCAGACGUUCUCCUCCUCGGAAGUAACUGGACCUGCCGGCAAGAAGCAAACACCACUGUGUAUGAAACAGAGGAACUGUUGUCAGGUCCUCAAAACAAUGCUGUUGAACUGAAUGUUGCAGCUGCACCUUCAGAUGUACCAUGGGAUGCAUCAAAUCCAAGAAUGCCUUUGCGGGUUCAAACACUCUCCAGGAUGAGCGCAUCACAGGAGGCAGUGAAGGCUGCACCGGGGAGAAGUCCUCGCUGAUAGGAGCCAAGGCGGAGGAGAAAGGUCCCUCCAGCACCAUCGUGCUGGACUACGCGCACCGCCUCUCCCGGGAGAUCCUCGAGCAGGCGGUGAAGCAGUGGGCAGUGACUGAGAGCAAAUACAGUGACAUCCCCUUCAUCGAGAGCGAUGUGCCCUGAGCCCUGCCUGCCGAGGACUGCCCGCUGGCCUGCCUGCUCAGCAGCUGGUAUUCAGCACACAGGAUCAGCUGUGAGCUGAGUGUAAAGCCACCACCACCUCAGUGUGUCUGCAAGAAGAGGCUGGGGAAAAAAAUAGUUUGCCUUUUAAUCUGUCUUGCUAAGAAACUAACGGGAUCCCAGCAGAAUCCAUGAGUCCAGUGUCGUUCGCCACCCAGCCGUACGCCGAGCGUGUUCUGUCUUUGUGUGUGUUGAAUGUCAGCAGAAAUUCAUGUUAAAAAGGGAGAUAACCUGGCUGCCCUGCAACUGCACAAGCACUGCCAUGGAGGCCCCAAAGAUGCUUAAUGACAAGACAUGGAGUAGUUUGAUGUGCUGCCUAAACAAUCAGAGCUGUGUUUGUGGUAGGUGAAAAGAGCAGAAACUCUCUGUGCUUGGUAAGUCUGCCUGCAUUGUGCCCAAAUGAAGCCAAGGUCUGCAUGUAGCAGGGAUGGCUGCUGUCAGAUUUUACUUGUAUUCUUUGACCUGACUCGAUCUGUAAACCACAAAACUAUGGUGGUGAGGAGAAGCAUUUUAUAAAGCCAAGUAGUAUUCAGUGAACCACAAGGAUUAUGAUACAAUUUCACUUCCAGUCUUAGGAGAACAGUGUUGAGAAGCGAUGCAUUAUCACUGACAGGUGCACUGGCUUCCAGAAAUGCAUGAAGCCAGGUCUCUCAAAUCCUGCAGUACGGUGGUCUGAUGACAUCUGACCACUGUGUUCACACCAAAGCUGUUUGUUUUCUGGGUUGGGGGUUUUGUUGUUGGAUUUUUUUUGAUGCUAGGAUGCUGGGGUUUGGGGGGAGGUGUAGGGGGGGUUGUUUGGGGUUUUUUACUGUAACCCAGAUAGGUCUGCAAAAACUACUGAUGCUAGCUAGUGACAUGAACCUUCAGAGGUCCAAGAGUGUUUUAGGACCAUGUGUCAUGGGAACUCUGGCUGCAUUACUCUACUUCACUCUGCAGUAACCCCCUUGGAACAGUUUGCCUUCCUUUACCUUCUGCAGGCUCAUCGCUUGCCUGUUGGUAAAAUUGUGCAGCAAUGAGCUACAGAAAUCUACAGCCUCAGCAGUGCCCUGAGCUAGUGAAAAAGCCUCAAGGCCCAAAGCUAGAGGGUUCCAUUCUUUACUUUCUCCAGCUUGCAUCCACACAUUAUGCCCUACUUCUCCAGGCUCCUAACUAGCAUCUGAGAUAUCAACAAAAGGAUCAAUUAUCUUAAAGCUAUGGUUUUGCUGAC